AUGACCGAUACUAGUACGAACAUGCCAGACUCGGAGCUCCACGACCCGAUGAACUUGGUCCGUCUGGGCGAGUGUAUCGGACGGGGCAACUUCGGAGACGUGUACAAGGGAGAAUUGGUCAAGACAUCCCAAGUGGUUGCGGUUAAGAUCAUUGAUUUGGAGAAAUCCGAGGACGACAUACCUGUUUUGAUCCAGGAGAUCAAGUUUCUCAAAGGAUUGAGGUCUCCGUAUAUCACCAACUGCCAUGAGACAUACAUCAAGGACGUUACCAUGUGGAUUGUGAUGGAAUAUUGUGGCGCUGGCUCGUGUGCUGAUUUCCUAAAGUGCUUCAAGCGAUUGGACGAGAGAGUGGUUGCAUUCAUUCUACGCGACACUGUACGUGGACUAGAGUAUUUGCAUUCGAUGAAUAAAAUCCACAGAGACGUGAAGGCCGCUAAUAUAUUAGUGACGGAUCAGGGUCAGAUCAAGCUGGCGGAUUUUGGAGUGAGUGGACAGCUUACAGAGACGAUGAAUAAAAAGGAGACCUUUGUUGGCACGCCGUUCUGGAUGGCUCCCGAGAUCAUCCUGAGACGUGAUGGAUACAACGAGAAAGUGGACAUUUGGUCAUUGGGAAUUACCGCGAUCGAAUUGGUGACUGGGUUUCCGCCGUAUUCUAACGAGGAGCCAAUGAGAGCCAUAUUUGAGAUUCCCGAUAGACCAGCUCCGAUCCUGACAGGAGACCAAUACAGCGUUUAUUUGAAACAGUUCAUCAAGGACUGCCUGAACAAAGAGCCGAGCAGAAGACCGUCAGCUAGAAGUCUGCUGAAAACCAAAUACCUCUACAAAGUGAAAAACAGAUACAGUCCGAUGUUGCCGCUGAUCACCGAGAAGAAGAACAAGAUGCAGCGGUUUAAGAAGAAACCCAAGUUUGCGCUCAACUUCGAGGAAAGCCGGUGUGGCCAGGAAAUCCAAUGGGAUUUCGAGGCUACCACGAAAUUUGCAAAUAGCAACCAAUCUAUGUCUUCAUUCGACUCCUCGGGAGGAAUUGACGAGAACGAGAUGCACAGUGCCCAGGCGAAUAGCAUACUCAAACCAGAUACCACGGUGACGCCAACAACCUCCCCGCUAUACAACAAUCGGUCUGAGAAUCCUCGUGCACGGCGGUCGUCUAUAUCCCCGUACCGGUCUGGCGAGGUGAGUUCCAGCGUUUUGGCAGAGUCCGGGGGUCCUCUAUCGAUCAAGGAAAACGUUGAUCCUCGAGGCUGCUAUUUCUACAACAACCUGAUCCGCGAGUCGUUUGACAGCAUCAGCCAGCAGUCUGGGUCUCAGCGGUUCAAGAAGAACCUAGAGCAGCUGAAGACGGUGAUUUACGAAAUGGAGAUGCGCGGUCCUGGGUUCUGCGAGCUUUUAUGCCAAAAAAUAUUUAACGGGAUGCUUCAAGGCUGA